ACUACGUCUAACCAACUAUCUACAUGAUACAUAUCAAUACUAAUGAAUUAAAAUCUUGGUAGCUAUAAAUACUUGGUCUUACACGCCCAACAUCUUUUGUUCAUAUCACAAAUUCACGACCACCUGUCUUAAUACAUGCUUCCAUGUGUAACUUUCUGAUGUAAUAACUUCUAUGCAUAAUUAUUCAAUUAAAUACCAUUUAUAUAUAUUUAUUUAUAAUUAGAACUCAACUCACUUAUAUAUAUGGAGCAAGAUAACUCCUUGAUUCCUUACUCAUUUAUCUCUAUCUCCAAGAAAAUAUAAAAUAACAUUAUAUAGAUAAAUAAACAAGAAAAGAAAUUAAGAAAAAGAAAAAGAAAAAGAAUGUCUCAUGUUGUUACCAUUCUUCCCCUUUUGGUUACUUCUUUCUUAUCCAUUGCUUCAUUAGCCAAAAAUGACCUAGAGGUGGUUCAAAUGGCUCAAACCAUGGUUCUCCAAGCCAAGAAUUGGGCUCAAUCAUCAUCCCUUGACGACUCCUCUUUGGUUUUGGGCCAACAUCUUCGCGGCGGCGGCGGCGGUGGUGGUGGUAGUUGUUUAAGCAAUAACGAUAAUAACUUCUACUAUGAUGAUAAUAAGAAUAAUAAUAACACUAAAAAUUAUCAUCAAAUUAGAAUGGCUAUGGUUGAUUGUGCUAAGCUAUAUGAUCAAGCCGAGCCAAGGCUCGCUCGUUUGCUCGAAAAGGAUGGAGAAUAUAGCCAUGAUGAUGCACUUGCAUGGCUUAGUGGUGCAACCACAAGCCAUAGGACUUGUUUGGAUGGUUUAAGAGAAAAAGGGGUAGUUGAAGAACAUCAUCCCAUGUCACAAAACUUGACUAUGGUAUUAAAUGAAGCAUUGGCUUUUCAUGCAAAGAAACCAAGGUUUGGUAGCAAACCAAAGGCGCAAGGGGUGCCAAAAGGGCGACCAUUUGCCGGAAGAUUAACGUCUUGGAAUACGGCAACUUCGAAGGCGGAUAUUGUUGUGGCAAGAGACGGGUCGGGUAAUUACCGAACCAUCAAAGAAGCAGUGGAUGCAUUAGUCAGGAUGAGAGUCAGAGGAGAAACAAGAGUAAUAGUGUAUGUUAAAGCAGGAGUAUAUGAUGAGACUGUUGAAAUUCCAAGGCACCUUCAAAAUGUCAUGUUUGUUGGUGAUGGCAUGGGUAAAACCGUGGUCACUGGUCGUAGAAAUGUCAUUGACGGUGGCACCACCGUCAAUUCCGCUACCUUUCGGGUAUUUGGCGAUGGAUUUUGGGGACGGGACAUGACAUUUGAGAACACGGCAGGGCCUCAAAAACAUCAAGCAGUGGCAUUGAUGGUAUCUUCAGAUCAAUCCCUCUUCUACCGAUGCAGCUUCCAAGGAUACCAAGACACACUCUACGUUCACUCUCUUAGGCAAUUUUACCGCGAUUGUCAUGUAUAUGGCACAGUAGACUUUAUAUUUGGUAACGCUGCUGUUGUGUUACAAAAUUGUGAUAUCUUUGUUAGGAAGCCUAUGAACCACCAGGCUAAUAUGAUUACAGCCCAAGGAAGGGGGGAUCCCAAUGAGAACACCGGGAUCUCUAUCCAUGGAUCAAGGAUUCGACCUGCUCCGGAAUUUGAAGGCCUAAAGAGAUCCGUUAACACCUUCUUAGGUAGACCAUGGAAGAAGUACUCGCGGACCGUUGUUUCUACAACGGAUCUUGAUGGGUUGAUCCACCCAAGGGGUUGGACGAUAUGGGAGGGGAAUUUUGCUCUAUCAACAUUGUAUUAUGCCGAAUACAAGAAUACGGGUUUAGGGGCUACAACUCGAGAUCGGGUCAAUUGGCCUGGAUUUCAUGUGCUGCGUGAUCCUAAGGAAGUUAGCCCCUUCAUGGUAAGGAAUUUCAUCCAAGGCGAGUCUUGGAUUACGAAGACUGGUGUGCCCGUUUGGCUUGAAAUGUAA